AUGAGCAGCCUCAAGGACAUCCUCAACCACACACCAGCCCCGUCACGGCGCCCGUCCGUCACAGGCCAGACGCAGACGACAACGUUCGAAGCGGCCGAUGCCCUCACAGCGCUUGCGACCCUAGGCAGUGGGCAGCAGUAUGCUCCGCGCGAGCUGCCCUCGCCGACCGCCUACUCGAACGCGCCGCGACGCACCAGCAGCUUCGGCUCUCACCACGCGCCCGUAGAGCCUUCACCGCCCCUCGAACCACCCCCAUCCCACUCCCCGACUCUCGAACAAUAUCAUCAUGGCUCCAGAUCGCCGGAAGAACAGAAACGGCGGCAGUCGUUCCUGGCCAGGUCGUCACCCGCGGCCGUCCUCGCUCCCAUACACAAUUUGUCGUCGUCCGCUCUACAGGAGGAACAGACGCAGCAUGCGCGAGCGCCAACACCAAUCGGCGAAGACGUGUCUCAGAUAGUGCCGGCAUUGUCGCCAUCGAGUCAAGGCGGUGAAGCUUCGAGAGACAGCACGCAGAACCGCGAGCCCGCCUUUGUGCGCCAAGAACCUACGACAUCACAGAUCCGCGAGCCCGAGUUGGCGAGCACCACACCGCACUCAACAUUAGCAGCGGCUCAUCCCUCCCCCCAGGCGUUCAUCAAGAAUGAGCCCUCUGGCACACCGCGCGAAAACACGCCUGCGACUGCGGCCGCCUCUGCUCAACCGGGCCGACAAAGUUCCCUUGCUGGCGAGAACAUGGAUGCCGAGACGCUCAAGGCGCUCGAGAUUGCCAAACAGAGUGAUCUUGGCCUUCGUAAGAGGAAAGGCAGUAUUCCAGAUGGCCUGCCAUCUCCAAUCGAUUCCAAGCCAGCUCCCGCACCCUCAAAGAAGCGCCCUGCGCCCUCAUCGAUUCCGACUGUGAAGAAGAAGGGCACAGCAAAAGCAAUGAAGCCGUCGAAGAAGCGCAAGCUAGGCACAGAAGAGGGUUCUACCGCACGCUCUGUCACGCCCACUUCGCGCUCCUCAAAACCAAAAAGUGGCAAGACGGGCUCUCAAGCCGGCACGCCCGCCCUCGAGUCCUCGCCCGCCCCCGACAACUCGUCGCAGGUUGGCCCCUCCGACGACGAAGGCGAGUCUUCAGAAGACCAUAACCUCUACUGCCUUUGCAGAAAGCCUGACAACCACCGGUGGAUGAUUGGGUGCGAUGGCGGCUGCGACGACUGGUUUCACGGCGACUGCAUCAACAUGAAACAGUCCGAGGAGGCGCUGGUUGAUAGGUUCAUCUGCCCGAAUUGCGAAGAAAACGGCAAGGGCACCACAACGUGGAAACCCAUGUGCAGGCGCGACGGUUGCCGAAGACCCGCUCGGUUGAUCAAGGACAAGGAGAGCAAGUACUGCUCAGACGACUGCGGUGUACUGUUCAUGUCAGAACAACUACAACGGACAGCGGGCGCAAACGGAACCAAGGACAGAUCAAAGAAGGCGAAGAAGAAAGCAACUGAAGCCGAGCCCGGGGACGAAGAAGAGCCCACACCUCUAGGCGGAGUGCUACGAGCGAAGGACCUAAAAGCUCUCGUCGAUGCGUCACCCAACAUCCAAGCCUUCAAGAAUCUGGGAACUGGAGUCCUCUCGCCACCACAGACCGCGUCGCCGACCCGCGCAACCUUUGGAAGCGCACCAAACGGCGAAGAUCUUGCCCUCACCGCUGGCGAAACCCAACGCUUAACCGCCCUCCACAAGGAGAAAUCACAACUUAAAGACAGGUUGGAGGUAUUGAAGGACCGCGAGAAGUUUGUUAGCAUGGCGAAAGAACAAGCGACUCGGGUUGCAGAGCGCGAGAAGGUGAAAAUCAAGGAAUUCUGCGGCUAUGAUUCACGAUUGAGUUGGUCCGACGCGGAAUUCCUCCUCUGGCGGAAUAGCAAGCACGGCUACGCAGCCUUCAAGUUCAACACGCUCUCACCGACAAAUGAACAAACGUCAUCCAUGACGACAGUAAACGGCUCUGACUCCGACUCCCUCUCCUUAGACAUAAAAGAGUCAGUGUGUCUGAAGAAGAGAUGCCCAAAGCAUCCACAGUGGCAGAAGCUCAACCUGCAAGACGCGCGAUUCGAAGAGCUCGAAGUCGUCGAAGCCAUCCGCGAGUGCGAGAAAGAGGAGCGGUCUGUACGUGAGCGUGCCCGCCGACGGGGUGCGAAAGACGGCUUAGCCAAGGAACUCACUGCUGGUGAUGGGAGUAAAGUGGAGAGGAAUAGGGAGGGCUGGGUCGAGGUCGUUUCGUCAUGA